AUGGGUGUUUCUGUGAUGUCACUGCUUACUCUAUUCUUAAUUGCACUCAUUUUGAAAGCUACAAAUGCGCUACCUGAGGCUGAAAAGUUCCUAAUUGAUUUGGACAUUUCUGACAUACCGCCAAAGAGAAUUGGAGUUGCCAAGUCCAAAAGGGUUCCGGGUGGCAUUCACUAUAUCGUCAAGAAUUCUAGCAGGCACAGUCACGUUAUAGGUGACGUCAAAGAUACAGGCGAAACAAUUCUCCGCGGAGAUGAAAGGAACAUGAGUAGAUAUGUAUUGGUUGCAAAGAGGGAACGUGGCGCAACAUAUGUAAGGAUCAUUAACCGCUACAGAACUGGUGGUAAAUAUUCGUGUCACCUCAGGGAAUUUAUAAAGGAGGAUGGUGUUUCCUUCUACAGAGAAAUCUUCAGGAGUACAGUGGACAUUAAUCUAAUGAUGCAAGAUAGCGACGACGCUAUUCUUGUUAAUGUUGUACCGGCGGUGGUUUGGGAGAGUUCCGCAGGAGUGGAAGAACAUUGUCUAACGGAGGAGGACAACAAUACCGGGGGAGAUGGGCUCAUCAGAAAUUACAAUGUGCAAAAGAGAAUAGAAGACUAUGUGACUAUUGGUGUGGUACGUUACGGUGAGUACAUUGUGGACGACAGAAUUGAGGACUUGCUCUCCAGGAAAGUGACUUGGGAGGGUGGAAUAGAACACCCGAAAAUCAUCGUUACUUCACUCUAUAGAGACGGAACAGAACUCUUCAUAAAGUAUAAAAUGUCAGUGAAUAAGGCCAGAGGGUUCUAUAUCCACAAUUCAAAGAAGAAACUUAUCCACAUGUCUGAUUAG